UAGCUGUGUCGGAAGCUGUUGAUUAUGAGUUUAUGUAUGAUAACACCAUAACGUCUUCCUCCGCCUGCACUUUUGUUUUUUCACCGGCUCUUCCCCGCCUAGGCUCUCCACGUCACAUGCGGCGCAUCGUUGCAGGCGAAUGGAGCCGAACCGCUAUCUUCACUGACCUGGAUUGUGGAGGGUCUCGAUUCUGCCCAGCUCAGCGGAGAAGAUAACACUGCAGAUGGAAUCUUGACGUGAACGAUGCCGCUGCAGGGCAGCGCUGUGCCAGGAGCGUCCGCCGAGCUGAAGGAGGAGCCGGCUUGAGAAAUUCCAGUAAUCGUAACACCCUUAACUACACCUGGAUUACAGCAAACUCACCUCACUGUUUGCACAUCGAUCUUCUACAUGGAUAUGGAGGGAGCAGGAUAGCGGGAAGAUGAGACCAGAUCUUCGCAAUUUAACGCACCAACGUAGCCAAUGGAUCUAAAGAGAGUGCUAUCCUUCCCCCCAUACCCCGGGGAUUACCUACAUCCAGUGGUGUAUGCCUGCACCGCAGUUAUGCUGCUCUGUCUGCUUGCCUCCAUCAUGACUUACAUUGUCCACCACAGUGUGAUCAGAAUCAGCAGGAAUGGCUGGCACACACUCCUCAACUUCCUCUUUCACACAGGACUGACAUUUGGUAUUUUUGCUGGUGGAAUCAAUCAAAUCAACUUACCUUUUGUGUGUCAGAUUGUUGGCAUUGUGCUCCACUAUGCUUCUCUGUCUACCAUGCUGUGGCUGACCUUCACUGCUAGAAACAUCUGUAAAGAUGUUUCCAAAGACCCACUUCAGGCACAGGAGAGUAAUAGGGCUUCCCAGACUCGUACCAAACCAGCCAUCCUCAGAUUUUAUCUUGUAAGUGAUGGAAUCCCUAUCAUAAUAGUUGGAGUUACAGCAGCAUUUGGUAUGGAUAACUAUGGCAGCAGAGAUGAUGCACUGUAUUGCUGGAUGGCAUGGGAACCAAGUCUGGGUGGUUUCUAUGCUCCCAUGAGUCUUCUGGUCUUAGUCAUGUGUGUGUACUUCUUGUGGACUUACGUCCAGCUGAAGCGCCACCCAGAAAGGAAGUAUGAGCUGCGGGUUUUAAGUGAAGAGCAGCAACAGCUGUCAUCAAAUGAGUCGCACCAUCACUGCCACACGGACACUGGGUCUGCUGGGGACUGCCAGCCCUUUGCUGCUGGCGUGUCAGUUCUGGCCAAUGAGCACUCUUUUAAAUCUCAACUCCGGGCCACAGUCUUCACCCUCUUCCUGUUCCUGGCUACCUGGACUUUGGGAGCAUUGGCUGUUUCACUGGGACAUUUCCUGGACAUGAUAUUCAGUUGUCUCUAUGGUGCUUUUUGUGUCACUCUGGGACUCUUCCUUCUCAUCCAGCACUGUGCUAAGCGUGAUGAUGUGUGGCACCGUUGGUGGGCUUGUUGCCCAUCCAGAUCAAAGACAGAGGAUGGGCCUGGAGAAGGACAGAGCCAGAGGCAGGAAGUCCAUCAGCCACACUGCCAUUUGAAUUCCCCACUCUCAGUGAAGCAGCAGAUGCUUUCUCCUUACCCUAUUCAGAGUUCUCACCACAGAACAACACCACCUCCCCAAAGCCCAACAUUAAAUCACACAGGUCCAUGCUGUGUGGCUGUAAUGACUCCUGUUAGCCCUUCCCCCAUCUCACCUCAUGCUGACCAAAUGCCUUCACCACGUCCACAGUCACUUCCUGAUGAGCUCCCUCAUCCAGCUCUUCCCCUGCAGAGUUGCAUUGCUGAUAGGACAAAGACACGCUCUUUCAACCGUCCACGCCAAUGCUUCCAGGAUUACCGGUCUCAUAUCACUUCCACCAGUAUGGAUGGGAGUGUGCACAGUACUCACCUGGACAGUCCUCAUAAUGUGCACCACAUUGAAGCCUCACCACUGGUUUCUAAUAGUCCACACCCAGAUCUCCAGCUUCCGUACAUCAGCCCUCAUUUAGAUAGCCAACUUGUAGUGUCCUGUCACAGCUUGGAACGCCAGACCUCCUGCCACAGUGUGCAAGACUCGGUUGCUUCCUGUCACAGUCAUGCCCACAACAUGCAUGACAGUAUCUCUUCCUGCCACAGCCUUCUUAUGCCUUCUCAUGGGGUCGACACCAGCCAGUGGCACAUGUACUGCUCAGUCGAUGACUCUUCCAGCACAAACUGUUGUGAGAGAGCUGAUCCCGUCACCUUGCAGUAUGAACAAGACCCUGACAAUUUGAGCUGGAUGUCAAAGACGGCAGACAAAGAAAAGAUCUGUCUAGAGCUGGAACAGAAAGGUUUCCCAAGGAACACCCUACCUCGGCAGCAUGGCACUGUGAACCGACGAGGACCCAUUGGUCGAAACAGGAGUCUGCAGGAAGAUAGCCUGUUUGGUUCAGAUGCCACAGGAAACAUACGGACAGGCCCCUGGAAGAAUGAAACCACCGUAUAGUCUUGAAAUCCUUGGAGCAGUCAAACCUUCCAGCAAAUGACUUUUUGUUUGGGUCCCUUUGCCUUCCAGGCCCUAAGACCACAGGUUGAGUUUUUACAUCCCAGUAACAUUUCAGAUCCCUUUAUGUCAAAGUUAACAUUUUAUUGUUUCAAAAAUCAGAUCUGAAUAAACACACACACACACACACACACACACACACACACACACACACAAAGAAAGAAGUUCACAUUCCUCCUAUAGUCCAAGGAUAUGCAGACAGGCAAGAAAAACUCAGAAAGGCCAGUGACAGUCAUGCAUCGACUAGACGUGAUCAAAAAAGAACUGAAGGGUUAUUUUUUGAAUGAAACAGACCCAAACUUUGAUACAAGACAGCGGUGAUAGUAAGAUUUAUUGGAUAAGUUCAUUUACCACAGAUAUUAAUUAAGAGAACUGAUACAAGCAAAAAUUUAAAAAGUGAAAAUCCUUAGAAUUCUUACCACUCAACAGAUACUGUGAAAUGUUUCAGAGCAUAAAAACUUACUUUUCUUAAAAAACAAACUCUGGAAGGUGUACAUCUCUCAGUAACUUUACUGUUUGAGGAUUCAACAAUCUUGUUAUCUUGUUAUCGUGUAUGCCCUGCCCUUCCCAGGCGCCUCUAAUCCUCCUAUUGCUCUUGAACAGUUCAACUUUAUUUAUACAGUGCCAAUUCACAACAACAGCUGGCUUAAGUCACUUUAUAUUGUUGUGUCUUACAAUACAGAUGUUUUUAAUAUUUUCCUUGUGAUUGCUUUGGUUGCUACCAGAUUGCUGUGGUCGCCUGUAGUUUGCAUGCAUCAGAGGUGAAUUGUCUCCAUUUCCAACGUGUGUUGCACUUUUCACAGUUUUACUACCACUUAUAUCAAGUACUUAGCAAGUGUUGUCAGACAGGUCUGGCUGUUUGGCGACUGUGGCAAUCUGUUACUGAAUAAAACAUUUGCAAGGAGGCUUUUUUGUGCAGCACUGUAUACCUCUUUGUGACCAAUUUUAGCUUGUGAGAGCAAGUUAGUUCCCGCAUUUGCCAAGUGGUCGGGCAAUACACGACUGUGAAUAACCUCUACUGGGAAAUUUUGUCUAACAACCAAGGGAUGAAAGGCAGCUUCCAAUCAUUCACUAGUGGUGUGUGACUGGGGUCUAAAGAUGUGCAGGUUUGCAUGGACACAGAUAUUAGUGCAUAUUGUGUUAGAAGGAGCUUGUUUUUCAGAGUGCAAAGUGUUGUGAGAAAAUAUUUAUUUGAAUUAAGGUUGACUUGCAGAAUUCAAUUAAUUUCAUUCUAAAAAAGCACAUAGUAUUUCACUACUGAUGUGGUGAAAUAAACUCAAUAAUAAUAAUACUAAUACUAAUAAUGAUAAUAAUGAAUAAUGAUAAUGUGUCUGUGAGUGUUCAUUCCUUUGGAAUAGAGUAUAACUUCCCUGAAAUGAAAUGUCUUUUCUCAGCAGUGCGCUUGCACAAAACCCUUUUUUCACUUUUCAAUUUGGAUAUUUUGGAUUCAUAUAUCCAAUACCAGACAGAAGUUGUUGUUUUUUUAAGUACAGCUGUUACUGAGACUUUGUUGAGACUGUCUAAUGUUCUUCUAAUUAGUGUUCUUCUAAUACAGGUCAGCUCUUACGCACAGAUUUCAGGUUUGCAGGAUGGAAUAUGGUUUGCAGUUUUAUAAAUCCUGGGAUUCACCCAAGUCUUAACCUAUAGGACCACACGCAGUCCUCAGCAAUUUCCAUCAGAAAAGUUAUUCCUUAUAUUAUAAAGAUCCUUCAGCAGCUGUGGCUCACGAGGUAGGGUAGGUCAUCUACCAAUCAGAAGGUCAGUACCUUAAUCGUCAGCUCCUCCUGUCUGCAUGUUGAAGUAGGCAAAAUAAGGAAUGUCAGAUGUCCCCUAUACAUCUGUGCGAGUGUGUGCGUGAAUGUUAGACAGAUUCUGGGUUAGAUUCUGGGUUACAAUCCCUGAAUCUCCAUGCAUUCUGCAUGGGGUUUCUCCCACAGUCGAAAAAACAUGCUGUUUCCCUUGGCUUGCCUAAUACAGUCCCAGUGUGGGGAGUUCAUAAGGAAAGCCAAAGCCCUCAGUGUUUGUGGGGGCAAAUGUUAUUAUAAAACCAAACUAAAGAAGCUCUUUAAGAUUCUUACCAUUCUAAAUUCUUUACAGGCAAAUCACUCUGGAAUUUGGAGAGGCUACCAUCCACAUCUUCAAACAAAGCGCAAUAUACAGUUUUAUGCAAAAAGGCAGUAGAUGGUCAGUGAUUGCACCUUUAAAUACUUGGAUCACUGGACAAUUUUUUAAAGUUAUAUAUUUGUUAAUGUUAUAUUUCUUAUUGCAUUUACAAGAUAUUUACACGUGGAAACCCAUGGAAUCAGAGUGAGCAUGUGUGUUUUCAUGUGUGCAACAGUGCAUGAGUAGGUACAUAGAAAUUUAGUGUGUUUUUGCUACAUCUGUUUAUAGGACCACCCUUGCAGAAUGAGUUUAGUGAAUAUCUUGGUGAAGAUUCAUUUAUAAAGUCUAUGGGUUUUUUAUUGAGACAUUUUAUUUAUACUGCCAAACAGAGUCAAACAGACUCUGGCCUGACAAGUAUUGCACUAAUGUGUGACCCUCACAUUGUGAGAUAAUGAUUCCAAAAAGUACAAUGUGCUACAAAGCACAAACUUUGUGCCAGAAUUAUGUGCCAAUUUUCACUGUGAUGAUAAACUACACACAACACCUUCUCAAAGAGUGAUUACAUAGUUUGUAGCACCAUAUCAACUCAGGUUUUAAAAGAUCAUCAGCAAUCCUUUAAAGCAGAACACAGACUUCUUUCUAUAUGAUUCCCCAGUGAGGUGUUUCAUAAAGUAGUGUUGGCAGUUGAGCAAAGCCUUCUUCAGUAAUUCAGGUUCCGUUUGAGUUUCACAGAACAGAUAAAAUAACCCUCCAGAACAGUCCAGUUCUGGCAAAAUAAGUUUUAACCCCUAAUUCACCACUGGUGCUGUGUAAAUACCUUAUUAAGAGGUAUGAUUCUACAAUAUGACCGAGAACAUUCCAAAAAUCAGGAAGUCCACUUGGUGACACUUGGUGAAACUAGAUUCAGAGUGGGGCACUAGUCAUCUGCAUGACCGAUUUGGAGUGAGGGGGAAAGGAAAAGAAUGAACAAUUUGGACACUGCAAUGGGGAAAGAAAAGAAAGAGAGAGAGCAUACAGACCAUGAAUUAAAUAAAUGAAAAAACACAAACUAUGGGUGGCAGUACCUGAGACAACCAGGUGGGGUUACAUGAGUGUUCUCCAGAAGUACAGCUGAUUUCUUUCUGAGUAAGAGUUGAAAAGAUAGUUUUAACCCAAUGUCCAUAUUAAAUAUGAGCUAGAGUCCAGAUGAUUUACAGCCUUGGUUAGAAUUUGUAAUGACUGUCAUUUUUGUCUAUCAAGGGACAGAAAUGACAAUAUAUGUAAUAGCCUGUGUUUCCUUGACUCAUUACCGAGUGGUGAGAGGUGUGUCUUUUAGAAUUUAGACUGCAUAUAAAAGGUGGACUUGAAGCCUCAAGGUUAGUUUUGGUGCAUCAGCCAUCUUUGUUUUUUGGAGCGAAAAUAACUAUUUGUAAGAGAGGGCAGAGUGCCAAGUUGACAGUGACAACAUUUUGUUUCCUUUGUGUAUACUUGGUUUCAUUUUUUAGUUUGCACUU